AUGUGUGCACACAAACAGGCGUCUGGAUUUUUGUAUCCACUUGAAAAAGGUUUCGUCUAUGUGCAUAAACCACCGAUGUAUAUUCGUUUCGAAGAGAUCAGCAGUGUGAACUUUGCACGAUCCGAUGUGUCGACGAGAUCGUUCGAUUUUGAGGUGGAAAUGAAAGGUGGAAGUACGUUGGUGUUCAACAGUGUGGAGAAAGAGGAAUAUAAUCGAUUGUUCGAUUUUGUCAACAACAAACAUCUGCGGAUUCGAAACGCGAAACGACUGGAUAAACCGAAUUAUUCGGAGGAUAAAUUCGCGGGCAGUGACGAUGAGAUCGAUCCGUACAAAGAGACGGUGAAACAAGAGGCCAAAGACAAAGAGGCAGCAAACGACAACGAUAUGGACAGCGAUAGUGAGGAUGAGGACUACGACGUGGAAGCGGACGAGAAACGCAAAAAGCAGGACGCAGACUCGUCGGAGGGUUCGGGCUCAGAGCCUGAGGAGGAGUAUGACAGCAAUGCGGGCGAUUCGAGUGAAGUGUCCGAAGAUAGCGAUAUCACCGGCAAGAAGAAAGAGAAGAAACACAAAGAAUCGAAACCAAAAUCUGAGAAAAAAGAACACUCCGAGAAGAAAACGAAACGCGAAAAGAAGAAAAAGGAUCCGAAUGCGCCAAAGAAACCGCAGUCGGCGUAUUUCCUGUGGUUCGGUGAGAACUAUGCCACUUUCCGGAAGGAGGGCCUGUCAGCGCCAGAGGCAGCUCAACGUGCCGGGAAAAUGUGGAAGGAAGAGGUGGAUGCUGAAACGAAACAGAAAUACGAGAAGAAAGCAGCUGAAGAUAAGGAACGAUAUGCGCGUGAGAUGAAACAGUAUGUGGAAAGUGGUGGGGCUGCAUCUGCAUCUGGAAGUUCUGUUCCGGCCAAGAAAUCGAAGACAUCGUCACCAACCAAAUCGCCAGCAAAAGCGAAAUCAAAGGAAUACGUCUCAGAUGACGAUAGUGACUCAUCGGAAAGUGAUAAUAAACCGCUGAAAAAGACUGAAAAGAAGGCAAAGAGUGAAAGCGAGGAGUCUGAAAUGAAUUCGGGUGAUGACGACAGCGAUUAA